AUGAGCGACCCUGAGAAUGUGGCACAUGCGGCCACAAAUGUGCCACAAGCCGAAUCGCAAGUGAAGAAGGCAACUAUGAAAGAAUCCAACUCGCCUGCGCCGUUUCCAACUUCGGAUGUCAAAGAUUACGAUCUGAGCGAGGCCGAACAACAGAUUACGGCUGCUGGCGAAGCUAAAUAUAGUCGUUUAUCUUGGAAACAGCUCACUUUGAUGCUGAUUGUCGAUGCUAUUGCAUUGGGUGCUCUCUCUAUUCCCCAGGCCUUCGCGACCCUAGGCAUGAUCGCCGGCGUUGUUUGCUGUGUCGGCAUCGGGUUGAUCGCGGUUUAUACGUCGUGGAUUAUUGGCAAGGUCAAGCUGGCCUUCCCUUCUGUGCAACAUUAUGGAGAUGUGGGAGGCUUGUUGCUGGGCCGGGUCGGUUACGAAGUCUUCUCUGCGGUGUUCGUGAUCCAGCUCAUCUUCGUUGUCGGCUCGCACUGCCUAACCGGUACAAUUGCUUUUGCUACUAUAACAGAGAGCACUAUCUGUUCUCUCGUGUUUGGUAUCGUCUCUGCGAUUAUUUUGUUCCUUUUUGCAAUUCCUUCCUCUUUUGCCGACAUCACGAUUCUCGGUUACAUCGAUUUUGCCUCUAUUCUCAUCGCUAUUGGCAUCACGAUCAUCGCGACAGGUAUUCAGGGGAGCAAUUCGCCAGGCGGUCUUGCUACGGUAGAUUGGUCUGCUUAUCCAAAGGAGAAUGUGACAUUUACGGAAGCUUAUGUUGCUAUCGGAGAUAUUGUCUUCGCAUAUUCGUUUGCCACGUGCCAAUUCUCCUUUAUGGAGGAGAUGCAUACUCCUACGGAUUUCACCAAGUCAAUUUGGGUUUUGGGAUUGAUUGAAAUCAUCAUUUACACCGUCACUGGAGCUACCAUUUAUGCAUUCGUUGGGCCUGGAGUACAGUCACCGGCCAUUCUUUCGGCUGGAACCACAAUAAGCCGAAUUGCCUUUGGCGUGGCUUUGCCAGUCAUCUUCAUCUCUGGCUCGAUUAAUGCGAUUGUUGUCGGACGAUUGGUUCACGGUCGAGUUUACAAAAACAGCGUGAUUCGGUAUAUCAACACCCCCAAAGGUUGGAUGACUUGGAUCCUUUUAGUGGCCAUUAUCACUAUCAUCGCCUGGAUUAUCGCUGAAGCUAUCCCUUUCUUCACGGACUUGCUCUCCAUUAUCUCGGCGCUUUUCACAUCCGGCUUCUCAUUCUACCUCCCUCCAAUCAUGUGGUUGGUACUUCUUUGCAAGGGAAAAUGGGUUUCAAAGGAAAAUCUGCCAUUUGCUGUCAUCAAUUUCCUGGUCUUCCUUAUGGGCCUGGCAGUACUGGUCUGUGGUCUAUACUCGAGCAUUGACGAUAUUCGCAACUCCUAUCGCACAGGGAGUGUUCGGAGUCCUUUCAGCUGUUCCCAAACGUGA